UCCUGCGGAACGCGCACGCUCGUAGUUCUGCUUCCUGCCGGAGGCUUUUGCCCAGCGCGCCGGGUCCCCGGAGGGAGGGGGGCGGUGGCGGCAGCUGGGGCUGCAGACGCAGCCCAGGGGUCCGGAAGUCAACACCAUGUCGAGUCUGCACAAGAGCCGGAUUGCAGAUUUCCAGGAUGUCCUGAAGGAGCCCUCCAUUGUGUUGGAAAAGCUUCGAGAACUCAGUUUUAGUGGCAUCCCCUGUGAGGGCGGACUGCGGUGCCUCUGCUGGAAGAUCCUCCUAAACUACCUCCCUUUGGAGAGAGCCUCGUGGACUUCCAUCCUGGCCAAGCAGAGGGGGCUCUAUUCGCAGUUCCUGAGAGAGAUGAUUAUCCAGCCUGGCAUUGCCAAGGCCAACAUGGGUGUAUCCAGGGAGGAUGUGACCUUUGAGGACCAUCCCCUGAACCCAAACCCUGACAGCAGGUGGAACACAUAUUUUAAGGACAACGAGGUGCUACUGCAGAUUGACAAAGAUGUCAGGAGGCUAUGCCCAGAUAUAUCCUUCUUCCAAAGAGCUACUGAAUACCCCUGCCUCCUCAUCCUGGACCCACAAAAUGAAUUUGAGACCCUUCGUAAACGGGUGGAGCAGACAACACUGAAGUCUCAAACAGUGGCCCGGAACCGAAGCGGGGUCACAAAUAUGAGCUCCCCGCACAAGAACAACGCACCAUCAGCCCUGAACGAGUAUGAGGUUCUACCCAAUGGCUGUGAAGCCCACUGGGAGGUGGUGGAGCGCAUCCUGUUCAUCUAUGCCAAGCUCAACCCUGGCAUCGCUUAUGUGCAGGGCAUGAAUGAGAUCGUGGGCCCCCUCUACUACACUUUUGCCACUGACCCUAACAGCGAGUGGAAAGAGCACGCUGAGGCAGACACCUUUUUCUGUUUCACCAACCUCAUGGCUGAGAUCCGGGACAACUUCAUCAAGAGCCUGGAUGACUCCCAGUGCGGCAUCACCUACAAGAUGGAAAAGGUGUAUUCCACGUUAAAGGAUAAAGAUGUAGAGCUCUACCUGAAGCUGCAAGAGCAGAGUAUCAAGCCUCAGUUCUUUGCCUUCCGAUGGCUGACACUGCUGCUGUCCCAGGAGUUCUUGCUACCUGAUGUCAUCCGGAUCUGGGACUCCCUCUUUGCCGACGGCAACCGCUUUGAUUUCCUCCUCCUGGUCUGCUGUGCUAUGCUCAUACUGAUCCGGGAGCAGUUGCUGGAGGGGGACUUCACUGUCAACAUGAGGCUUCUGCAGGAUUACCCCAUCACAGACGUCUGCCAGAUCCUACAGAAAGCCAAGGAACUCCAAGACUCGAAAUAACCUGGUAGCAGGAGGCCCAGGAUUGCAAGAGCAGCCACCUGUGCUCCACACCCUUGUUUUUGGGACACAAAGGAGCCUGUGAGAAAGCCAGCCUGAGGGCAAGCUGCAGUCUCGGCCAGCUCUAGGUCUUCCCAGCCUGGUUCUCAUGGUCCAGGCUGCUCCUGGAACACACCGCACUGCACUCCUUCCCAGUGCUCAGCCCUGCCGCACUCCCUGCACUUCAGCCCAGGGACCCUCCACCCAGACUGUUCAGCAGGGCUGGAGCUCCUGAACUGGCUUCCUGGGGCUGGGGCCACUUGGGGCCUAGGAGGCUGACAGGGUCCUGCCUGCCUCUGCCCAGUAGCUCCUCACCCUUUGUGCUUUCACCUUCCCUGGAUCCUGGUCAGGGGAGGUACUUAGCUAAUGGGCCAGAAACAACUUCUGAGUGUAGGUGCUCCAGCUACCUGGGUAAGCGCCCCCAGAAGAGCUGAGUGACUGCCAGUUCCAGGGCCACCGAUUGUCUCCGUCAGGUGUGUUUGCUCAUGGCCAUGGCCGGUAGGGCUGUCUCCCAGGUCUCUGCUUUUGAGUGUGUGUGUGUAUACACGUGUGUUCACACAUGCCCUGGCAGUGGGGUGAGGGUGUGUGGGAACCCUCUAAACCCUGCUUCACCUCUCUUUGUCUACCUCUGCCUGUCCCUUUCUUCAUUUGCCAGAGGCGUGUGUGACUCCUGCUAUCCUUCCUGUCUGUCCUCUUUACCCUUCUUUUGGGGCUCCUCUUCCCUGUCUCCUCCCCUCUGCUCCCUGAAGCCAGCAUUCAGAAGAGUGUAGUUUAGUGAGAGCCCUGGAGGCCAACUUUGUUAGCAUCCUGUUCCUGUCUCCAGCUUGAGGCCUCCAGGUCCCCUUGUCAGAGCGGGCCCUGCCUUUGCUCUGCUCCAGGAAGCUAAGUGCUGCUGACAGUGGCAGCCUGUAAAGCUUUGAGCCACUCACCCAUUUUCUACCCAAGAAUGGAGAAAGGAGGGAUGGGGGGAGUCUUCAGUCGGAGAUUAAGACACCCUGGCUGCUGUGUUCCUGGGAGUUGAAACUUCAGUAGUGUUGUCAUCUCCUUGACUAACAUGCUUCCCACCCAGGGUGUGCAGGUCUUGUCAAGGGCAAGGGACCAAAGAAUGCUCUGGGUCCAGGGUGGCUAAACUGGAAGGCCUGAAACCCCGCAGUGCCAGAGGGCUACAUCUGCUCUCUGCUCCCAUGGGAGGUGGGGGAAGGCUGCAGAGGUGCCAGCCUUCCUGGACACGCACUUGAUCUACCUUCUGGCUUUGGGGCUGGGCUCCCUGAACCCUGUUCAGCAAGUUGACUUUUCUGACUAUGUUUCUUCCAUCUCUCAUAUAGAGGUCAGGGGGCUUGAGUCCUGAAGGUAGGUUGGCAGCAAGGGUUCUCACCUUCUCCUGAGACUGGCCAACAGGAGCGAGCCUCCAGUAGCUGACACCUGAAGCAGUGGGCAGGGCAGCCUGCCUUCCAGGCCAUUGCUUUAGCCAGGUUGGGUUAAGCUCUGCUGGGAUUCUGCUUGGAACUUUUACUACCUUCUCUCCUAAUACACAAUACCUGGGAGAUUUUUUACUAUUUAUUUAGACAUGGGCUAGCUAUUUAUUGCAGAUUGGCAAGUGAACUGGGGCUGUGGGUGUGGAGGAGUGGCUCGGAUGCUAAAGGGGUUGGAGGUAUGGAUUGUCUUAUUUCCCAAGGUUAACCCUGACAUCCUCUUCCCCAUUCCUGGCUGAAAGGGCUGCCAGCUUUACACUAGAGCUGAAUAUAAGGGAGGCCAGAGCUGAUGCUUUUGCAUUCUCAAAGAUACAGGCCAUACACACUCCCGCCAUCCUGCUGGCCCCCAAACCUAGGACUUAUAGCUGGUAGCUCAACCCCAGCACUGAACCCUUUGUUGCCUGGGAUGCAGCAGAUGCUGCCCAUGACGCUGACGCAUUCCUUCUUGCCUGUCUUCCUGACCCCACGUCUCACCCCGUCCUGGGACCAUGCUACUGGAAUCACUGCAUCUGAUUUGUUUCUGUGGGAGACCUGCAUCCUGUGCCCACCACUUGGUCCUUGAGAUGAAGGCCAAGGACAUGGAGACUUUGUCUUGGGUAGGGUGGCUCCGCAGAUGGGUGCUGCCUGAGGGAAGGAUCUGCCCUUGAUUCUUAAGGGGCAACCAGAGCCAGAGCACCUGCAGCUCACUUGGGAGCAGCUCCUAGGAGCUCAGCAGACCAGUGCUGUUGAUGAGUUGUCUUUAAUAAACUGUGUGCUCUUUGCCAUGUG